AUGAGUUCGAAAUUCAUAAUUGAUAGUAUGCUACCUAAGUACCAUCAGCAGUUCCACCAUCAGCAGUUAUUCUCAAGCGCGAACCCCGGCACGAUCCAAGCGUGCACGACGAGUCCGGCGACCGCUAGCCUAGAAUCGAGUCUAUCCGCGGCUGCAGUCGCGGCCGCGGCGGUUAACUACGCACAGCAGCACAAUUCACCGAGCCCAACUGGCUCGAGCCCCCAGCACUCGGGUAGCUCCGCUUCGACGUCACCGGCGGCACGCACGACGUCCAGCAUGUAUCCUUACGUAUCCGCCGCAGCGGCGCAUCAUCAUCAUCAGCAGCAGCAGGCGGUCGCCGCCGCCGCGUUCGGCGCCACGUCCAGCAUGGUGCCCGCGUUCACAUCCUCGGCGGCGUCUAGCGCUGCCCUGGCCGCCGCCGCCGCCGUCGACGCCGCGACUGUCGGCGACAAGUCCUGCCGUUACACCGCCAGCCUCACCGGUAACGUCGCGCCGACAUCGGCCGAUCCGAUGGUCAACUACACCCUCGGCCAUCAUCAUCAAAACGGUGCUACGCCCGGCAGCCUCGUCUCCUCCGCAUCCGCAUCGUCGGCCGUCUCGGCCGCGUCGGCCUCCAUGGCUGCGGCGGCCCAGUUCUACCACCAAGCGGCUGCCGCAUCGGCCGUCGUCGAUCCGUUGACGUCCUGCCAACAACCUACCACCGGCCAGCCGGGGAUCUCGGACAUACCUCGGUAUCCAUGGAUGUCGAUCACCGAUUGGAUGAGUCCAUUUGACAGAGUGGUUUGCGGUCCGAACGGCUGCCCGAGGCGCAGAGGCCGGCAAACGUACACGCGCUUCCAAACGUUGGAAUUAGAAAAAGAAUUUCACUUCAAUCACUAUUUGACGCGACGACGGCGAAUAGAGAUAGCGCACGCGCUCUGCCUGACGGAACGACAGAUCAAGAUCUGGUUCCAGAAUCGGCGAAUGAAGCUGAAGAAGGAGCUGAGGGCGGUGAAAGAGAUCAACGAGCAGGCUAGACGCGAGCGCGAGGAGCAAGAUAUGAUGAAGAAGCAGCAGGCGGAGAAACAGGCGAAGCUGCAGCAGGAGCAACAGAGCGCUGCCCUGCAGCAUCAGCAGCAGCAUCACGUAAGCGGCCUGGACAAAACGCAAAGCGAUCUUCUGAAGGCAGUCAGUAAGGUACCCACAUAG